CCUUCCCAUCUCUUUCCAUCUUUAUUCAUCCCGCCUCCCAUCUCUCCCCUUCUCCCGGCCAGUCCCUCUACCCAACCCCUAUGACCCCACUCCCUUCAACAUGGCUGUCCGCGGCGGUCUUCUCGUCUUGCAGAGUGACUGGCAGGAGUCCCUCAGGGACAAUGACACAUCAGCUUGGGUGAUGUACAAGGCGCUGGAGAGACAGGCGGAGCAUGGCAAGGUUGGCGGCACAAAACCCAGUGGUCCCUUCACUCUCCAGGGCCGCACAGAACGCACCAUCACCAUCACACACACCCCGACUGGCCUCUCAACACUGUUUGUGGCCCCAACACAGACCUUCAACCACAUCCAUGCUAAGAGUGUGAUGUCUCUGGAUGUGGCUGACGGAGGCCUAGCUGUGUCUGUGUGUGCUGAGAACAAGCUGCUGGUGUGGGAGACUGAGACAGGGCUGGUCAGGAGGAGCCUGGAGGGCCACCUGUUUGACGCCUACAGCUGCCGCCUCUUCCCUUCUGGAGUGGUGGUGCUGUCAGGUAGCGGGGACAUGCAGCUCAGGAUAUGGGACGCUGUGACGGGCCAGUGUCCGGUGGUGCUCAAGGGACACACUGGCGCUGUGCUGGACACUGCCAUUGUAGAGCGUGGCAAGAAUGUCAUCUCUGUUAGCAAAGAUGGGAGUGCCAAACUGUGGAACUGUGGUGCAGCUGCUUGUGUGGCAACGCUGCUCACCACUGAGUCUGUGUUGAACUGCUGUGCCAUUACUGAUGUUACUGGGAGCAUAGAUUUGCCACCCCCAGCUGAGCCUCCUGGUGAGCUGGAGCACGAUACGGCUGGCAAGGUGCUGCUGGCCGGUGCUGAUGACGGGCAGGUGCAUCUAGUGAAUGUGGCAGGCCGGGCGGUGUUGGCUGUCCUGCCCCUCGGCUCCCCAGUGCUGGCUGGCUGCUGGGCCACUACGACCUUGGCUGUGCUGGGGCUGGCUGAUGGGCGGCUGGAGGUGGUUGAUGCUCAGUCACUGAACAGCCGGCCACUCUGCCACGACAGUGCCUCCUCCGUGGAAAGCAUUGUGCCUCAUGCUGGCGGUGUCCUGGCUGGUCGGCGGGAUGGCACCUGUCAGUUCUACAAGCUGGAUGGGUCAAGUUCACUUCAACUCACUGGCUCAGACUGUGAUCCUAUUUACAGAAUGGCGAUUAACUCAAGUCAUGUCUACACAGCCUGCAGGGACGGGCAUGUUCGGAAGUACUGUGUUAGAGACCUGGGUGCUGUGUGAAUGCUGUGUGAGUGCUGUUACUCUUAAAAUGUACAUCUUUUCACAGUUUUUCAGUUCAUUUAAUUUUCUUCAAGACUGAUAUUUUUCAAUUUUGGUGUUGCUUUACUUUUUCAACAUGUGCUUCUUAUAAAAUUUUGAAUGCUACAGUUAGAUAUUAAGUAAGUAUUGUCAAAGUUGUUGGUUGAAGUUAGACUGUAUGAAGCCAUUUUUUUAUUCUUAUUGUUGUUAAUCAUGGUCUUGCUGGUCUUUCCCAAUCUGUUCUCAUUUUGCCUCCCUCUGUUGCAUCCCUUGUCUCUUAAUGUUCUUCGUGCAUCCUGUUCUUCCCUUCCCUAGCCCAACCUUGCCUGUGCUUCACUUUCAUAUCUGCCACUUAACCUAACAAUUUUUCCAUCUAAUUCCUUGCUUUUUCCUGCUUCCAACUCCUAAUUUUGACGUGAUUUCCAGUGUACAUAAGUUUACUCAAACUCUUUUCCCUUCUCCAUCUUCUGAGGUUGGCACAGUUGUUUAGUCUUAAUUUCUCCCUUUCUGCUCUAAUUCCUUCCUUUUUUGUGCUCAUCCAUUUGGUUUGCCACACAAGUUUACUCUUCCUUCCUUUCCCUGUAUCUCUUAUUUCUCUAAUCUGGUACUGUUUUAAUUCCUCCCUUUGUAAGUUCCUCAAUCUUUGCUAACCGUGCCAUGUGAUCUAGUUUGGCUCUCUCUUUGUGGUGUUUCAAUACAUUCUUGCUAGCUCCUCCCCCCAGGCUGGCACUCAGUACAUACCUAGUCUGUGGUGCCAAUGCCAGGCUCAUGUCAAUCCCACCCAUUGUGUUCAGUCCAGUGUGUGUCUUUUGGAUAUAUAAUGUUCUCUUUGCUACACGUAUGGUGGCUGUGAAUACCUUAUAGAAUUGUACAUUUUCAAGAUUAUUUUGAUGGAGUGAAAGGUCAAGAUUGUUCACAAGUUUUUGUCAUUAUUGGGAAGGAAAUAGGUGUAUGCAAGUUGUCUUUUCCUUGUCACUGCCAGCUGGGCCUUACCAAUACACACACACUGUGCCAGACUCCCUGUAACAAAGGCAGGCAAUAAAGAGGCUAUGACCAUCUUCAACAUUUAUUCAUAAUUGUUCCAAAACUCACAUUCCCAUCAUGUAAGAACCUGGAGUUGUGGACAAGACCUGUGGCAUCACCUAAGUCAGAUCUUGCACUAAUACAUGAUGUCAACAAUAAUAAAUAACUUCCCUCCUCUGAACCAAA